AAGUAAAAAAAAAAAAAAAAACUUAUAAACUGUGUUUCCAUACGCCAUAGGUACUAAUUCUUUUUUUGCCGUCCGUCAUCAUCGUUGUUUCUGUCUUGUAAAGUUUAAUCGCGGUUGUAUUACCGCGUGUUGUAAAUUUUAAUUUAAACCCACUGACUUUGGGGACAUAAUUGAAAGAAAAAAAAAAAUUUAUAUUUAUAAAUAUUUAAGAUUUAAUUAAAAUAUGGACGUAAGUCUACUGGUCCAUCAUUUCCAGUAUGCGAUACCUGUAGGUAUCGUAUUAAUUUUAGCAGUACUAGUUUUUGCAUUUGGCUUUAAAAAUGCUGAGCAGCCACCAUUCGCUCAAUUAUCAGCAGUCUCGGACGUGGAUCGAAAACAAGCGAAUAAAAAAAAAAAUAAAAUAAAAGAAAAGCGGUCAUCAAAUGAAAAAGCCAAUGAAAAAGCUAGUCCAGUUAAAAAGUCAUCACCAGCUAAGACUGAAUCGUCUAAAAAAACUGUUGCUAAAAAUGAUGAAGUUGAUGGUAAGUUGAAAGAACGUAAACAAGAGGACAAUACCCCAGUUAUUGCUAAAAAAGAUAAACAAAUCACCAAUAAAACUGGCAAAGAAAAUAAAGUCGAGCAAGUCAAAAAUAAGAAGAAUAUGAAAAAUUUGAUUCUUGAGAAACCAGUUGACUUUGAUGAAGGUGAUUGGGAGCAAGCUUAUUCAAAAAAAGACAAGAGGAAGAAGAAGGAAGAAGAAUCUCCUAAAAAAUCAAAGAAAUCAAAGAAAAAUGAAUUAGUUGAUGAGGUUGGUAAAGACAAUGAGCCUGAGAAAGUUGAAAUCAAGGAUAAAGUUGCCAAGGAAACUGAAAAUAAAGAAUUGAAAGAGAAAGAUCAGAAGGAUGUUAUUUUGGAGCCUGUUGAUAAUAUUCUUGCAGUUGAAGAUGAACAAGUUGAGCCUAAGGAAGAAGUGAAAAAGGUUGAAAAAAUAAACAAAAUUGAAAAGGAAAAAGAAGAGAAAAAGACCGUCAAAGUAAAGAAAUCAAAGAAAGCUAAUGAUGCAGAAAAUAAUUCGGUUUCAAAUGUCACUCCGAUUGAAACAAAACCUGAGAAGAUAAUCGAGAAGAAAAUUGAGGAUGCUCCAAAAAAGACUGAACCGGUAGAAAAGUCUACAAUUGAACAAGUCACUGAAAAAAGUGGACCUGCUUUUGAUGAACUAGGAGACACAUGGACUGAAGCAAAACCACAAAAGAAGAGUAAAAAGAAGGCACGCAAAGAUAAUUGAAAUGAUAAUUAUUUAAUAAAAAGUAUUUCUCAUCAAUGAGCGAUACAUGAUAAUCCGUUUGUUCAGCGGGAUUUACGUCGCUUCCGCUCCACGAGGCGUGUAAUAAUUAAAUAAAAUCGUCAUUAAAUGCGUGAGUUUCCUUUCUCAGUAUACGUGAUAACAAUGAGGUUGAAAAUUCAACCAUAUAUAAUUUUUAAUAUACUUUUCACUAUUCCUUAUGACCUAACAUCAAUAAACUUUCAUUAUGUUAAUGAUUAUUGAUGCUACAUUUAAAAAAUAAUAUCUAUAUCUAGAGAUAUAUAUAUUUAAAUUUUUAAUUAUAAAAUAAUGGCCAAAAUAAUUUUUUUAUUCACUAUUAUUUGUCAUUUAAAUUUAUUUCUGGUACAUGAAAACUUGCAGCAUAAGAUCAUCGAUUUUUUAAAGCUAAAAUAACAUUUGUAAUUUAAAUUUAUAAUUAAAUAAUAGGGGUGUGCAAAUAGUUAAAUCUACGAAUUAUUCGUAUCAAAUCGAAUCUAACUAUUCGAUUCGAACUUAGAAUUAUUUAUGUUUUUUUGAAUUAUUUUAAAGUUGUGGAGUUAAUCGUAAGUUUUUGAUUCGUAAUUUUUCAAAUUAUUCGAAACUCCGAAUUGUUCGUCAAUUUUUUUUUGCACGACGCAAAAUUGCAAUAGUUUUUUUUAAAUUUUUGUCAGAGGUAAAAUAUAACUUAGACACUAAUCUAUGAAAUAAUUACUUAUAGUUAAUAAAAAAAAAAACAAAGCUGACUAUUAAAUAAAAAUUGAACAUUCGAAAGCUAAUCAGAAUUUUCUUGAUUCGAAUCGAAUAAUUUGAAAAGUUACAAAUAAUUUAAAAAAUCAGAUAAUUCAAAAAUUGAAGAAUAAAUUUAAAAGUUACGAAUAAUACAAAAAGAUCCGAAUUAUUAUAAAAUUGAUGAUUAAUUUGAAAAGAUUCGAAUAAUUUCCAGAGAUUUGAAUAAUACGAAAAAAUCCAAAUGAUUCUAAAAUUCAUGAAUAAUUUUAAAAGUUACAAAUAAUUCAUAAAUUUUUGAAUAAUUUAAAGAUUCGAAUAAUUCUAAGAUUUGAAUAAUACGGAAAGAUUCGAAUUACUUCAAGUUUCGAACUAUUCGAAAGGUUACGAAUAAUCAGAAAAAUUUCUGAGUAAUUCAAAACUUUUCUAAUAAUCCAGAAAUUCGAAUAUUCGAUUAAAACUUAAGUUGCACACUCCUACUAAAUAAUAAUUUAUGAUUUUAUUAGACAAAUAAUCGUGUACGCACACGAUAUUAUUACGUGACGCUCAAAAAUUAAUAUGUGAUUGUGAAAUAUAUUUCGGUUAGCUUAAUAAUUUAUUAUUUAUCGUGAUUUUGAUAAUUGUUAUUACAACAUUUUUCAGUUAAAUGAUUUAUUGUCAUGAUAAAAUAAUUAUUAAAGAUAUAAAUAUUUUAGAAUCGCUUUAUCCUUUCCGUCAAUUAGUUCUAAAUAUAAUUAUUUUAAUCACCUGUCAUCACAAUUAUUUUUCGUGUGGAUUAAUAUAUACUUUUAUCUAAUUAAGUGUUAUCUUUAUCGUUAGUACAUUUUAUAUGUAUCAUUAAUGAUUUAUAUUAAUGUAUUUGUUAUCGUGAUACGUGUGUAUAAAAAUAUAUAUUUUUGAAAUACCACUAAAUUAAUCAUUGAUAUAAAAGAACUAUUAUUUUAUAAUUAUUUUAAAACGACAACAAACAUUCUUCGGUCGAUUUAUUAUUAAUUAUUUGGUCUGUAAUUGCCUCAGAUUAAUUAUUUAUUGAUAUUUGUUUGCUAGUUGCUUGAAUAAUAUUUUAAUGAGUGCUAAUGAAAAUGACGGUUGGCAAUUUUUUGAAUUUUUGAAUAAAUAAAUGAAAUUAAAAUUAAAAAAUGCGUACGUAGAUCAAUGAAAAAUAAGUGCGCGCAUUUUUUAAAAUUUCAUUAUAUUUUAAAUUUAUAAAUUGUCAUGUCUGCUACAUUCACACUCAUAUAUUUUAUGAUAAUAAAGAUGAAAAGUUGUUGAUAAAUAAUUACAAUAUGAAAAAAAAGACACUAAAUAAUAGAAUAUGGAGAUAAUGCAACAAUGUGAUAAUUUUUUUUUUGUUUUUCAUUGUUUAGAAAUUUUUCAUGCUUAAAAAAUUAUAUAUUAGUAAUUGAAUUUAUUACAAUAACAGAUUAUUUAAUUAUCAUAUAUGUUUUGCUUGGUUACUCUGUAAAAAAAAUAUGAUCCUGAAAUUGGCAGACAAUUUACAAUUUUUGAA